GUCAAAUUACGCUGCCGGCGUACUGUGUAUGUUCACUUUGUGUUUGGGAGUGCAUGUGCCACCGCCCAGCAUAUAUCUAUCCGUAGGAAGUACUUGCUUUGUGACGAACGAACGUCUCGUGAAUUUAAAUCGCAGCUUCGAAAGUUGCCGAUCCUGUAUGAUAUUCUACCAAACUGUUCAGGUUCUUGAAGUAGAAGCUCGCUUCACACAGUGUCAGUAUUUUACUACGCUCCUUGACGUUUAUCACCUAUUGUAGAAAGUCGAAAGUCAUAUUAUGGUUUACACCACUCGACGACGGCGCUUCGAAGAAGACUACCUAGUACGCUCCUGAGCUGUUACAGGAACUAAGAAAGAAGGGCACGAUCAUAACACCUUACGAAUGGCUGCUUGCUCUUAGCUGAAUGUUUUGGGUCCUGUAAUUCUCCGGAGUUCGAUUUCUUCCGCUUUGGCGACUGCGUUUCUGCCCAGUCCGCGUGCGACAAAUCCGACAUGAUGUUACGUGCUUCUCAUCGUCGCGCCACAGCAUUCGUCGAACUGGUUUGCUGCGGAUCCUGAGAAGAAUCAAAGUUGACGGCGUCCAAGUCCAUGGCGCCAGGACGAUGCAAUAAUUGACAACGCCAAGGACUGCGGCAGUCAAGUUGCAGAUCAGAACAGCAGGCGGAACAGAGGCACUUCAAUUUUCGUCCGGUGCUUCUUGUGCUAGCUUUACCGUCUCGGAAGACACGGCUGCAGGGCCAGGACGCGUAGCAAGGAAUAGUGUCUGAAUUCGGUCACGUUUUUGCGGGUGUCUUCAACAGGAACCGCCCGUACUUAGGUAGAUAUAUCGACUUUCGACAGCCGUGCUCCCGCUUUUAAGAAAUCAUCCAGAGGACGAGAUUGGGCGAGCGGUGCAAAGAAGCGGUUCAAACGAGGACGACCCCAGAAUUUGUUGUUACAGCCCACUUUCCCAGUUGCGGCGCACGCGAACGCAGCGGCAGCACAGCCUUUCGCAAGAACUCAUUGCAGCACCUACCCAGCGCCAGCAGGAGCCGCAGUGCACGCACAGACAUCUCCCUGCCACAGCGAGCAUCAAAACCACGGGAGCAGCAAGUGUUGGUGAUGAUUCAUGAAGUGUUUGCUAGGUAGUGCUUCAACAACUCCAUGUACAAGCAGAGAAACGCGGUAGCUACCAACUGAUCCGCGAGCAGCAAUCACAUCACGUAGCAGGAACUAUCACUACUAGGAUCGGACCGGUACUAGCGGCAGAUGAACCCGUAUGACAUCCGCGACAACUUGGGAGCGCAGAAUGCGGCAGAAGACGUGGAUCUCGAUAUCCUGAGCAAAAACGUUCCCACUCCAGAGUCAAGACGGGAAUUCUGCUAGACAAUUCAACCAGCUUUGGUUGUUGCGCAUGACAAGUCUGGCCUCGUAAGUAGUGUAGUCCUGUUUAGCUAGUUUGUUCUGCAGCGUCACAGAUUAAGCUUAUCGCACUGAUUCGAGCGUCACAAAUCCCAAAAAUAACCUAGAAAAUGCUCCUCGUGGGGCUCCGCAUGAGAAAUAUUUGAAGCAUACAGAUGGGCAUGACAAAGCUGGGGCGCAGACGUUUUUGCUCAGCAUACUCGAACAGGAGGACUUUGAGGUCGAUGAGCUCGUCUGCAUCAUCGACAAUGGCUCGGCGCUCACGAAUAUGCACUGCAAAUAUGUCUGGGUCUGGAAACUUGUGAUGCAAGCCAGGGAAUACUGGGCGCACUGUCAUGCGUGGCCAAGCAUGACAAGUUUUUGAGCUGCUAUGUGUAGCGUAGUUCUGCUAUGGCAGACUGCGCUUUUGCAUCACAGACACAUCGAUCUUGUUGCACCUACGCAUGACAGAGUUCCGAGUCAUGUCAGACAAGCGUGACAAGUCUCGCAAUCUCCCAGACCCAGACAUAUUUGCAUUUCAUAACGAAGGUGGGCAUGUCCUGCGACGACCAGCCAGUGUCGGUAUUUCUGAUUUGAUGUUCAUCCGGGCGCUGCGCAAAAAAGCACUAGUUCUUAUAUCGAUUCACCAAUUGUGACAAACAUGUAUUCUUUAUACUUGCAUAUUUUUUCCCACCAGCAACUUCUAUCCACAUUGCCAAGCAACACCGAAUCAGGUCUUCCCGACCGACGUGGGCAUUCCGCGAAGGCGGCACCGCAAGAAGUGCGACCGCGAUUUCUACUGUGGGAACGAGGUGGCCGAGAACCAGCAGUACCUGUCGGUAUCGCACCCGGUGGAGGGAGCGGUGAUUGAAAAUUUUCAGCACAUUGAGAUGCUGUGGGACUACAUCUUUGUGGACGUGCUGCAGAUCCAGCCGGAGAAGCACGGCGUGCUCAUCACGGAGCCGCCCUACAACCCCAAGCCAAACCGAGAAAGAACAGUCGAACUCAUGUUCGAGGCCUUUGGGGUAUAAUUCGGUUUUUCGUGCAAUGGUGUCUGCUUGGUUACUGCGACUGCGAAGACGAUAGUACAUAGGCGCAUAAUUGUUCAGAUUCACAAGUAGAACAACUUCUAUCGUGGCCGUUUGUUCUUGUCGUGUAAUACGUGACGUUGAGUACUUCUUCAGCACCCAUUCGUACCAAAUAUCCAGGUCCCCAGCUUAUCCGUGCGGAUCCAGGGGGUCCUCGCUUUGAUGGGGCAGGGCCGCACGACCGGUCUGGUGCUCGAUGCCGGCGCCGGGGUCACCCACGCCAUCCCCAUUCUCGACGGCUACGGGAUGCCGUACAACAUCAAAAAGAUGCACUGUGCGGGCCGGGAACUCGACGUUUACCUCGCAAAGCUGCUUGCAAAGGCGGGGUACCAGGUCUCCACUUCCUUCGCCCGACGGGAGAUUGUGAAGAUGAAGGAGCGGCUCUGUUACGUUUCCAUGGACCCCACAGAGGAGCGCGUGAUCAAGCCCGCGAUCUACAAGAUGCCCGACGGAGAGAAAAUUCAGCUCGGGGAAGAGUGCUGGAAGUGCCCCGAAGCGCUGUUCAAUCCUGGACAGGUAUUGGAUUUUGAUGCCGAUUGCGAUUUCACACUCUACUUCAUGUUGCAUGCCCAUGCAUGACUUUUUUAAAUGUAUCCUCCGUUCAACAUGUACAUCUGCAGCUCUGAAGAAUGAAAAUCUGAAAGAAUUUCUGUAUAAUCCGCACGUAUCUACAAAACAGCUUGGCAUCGAAGCGGAGGCGGGUGGUGUGGCGGGCCUGAUAUGGGACUGCGUAGCUGGCUGCGAGAUCGACACGCGCCGGCCGCUGCUGCAGAACAUUGUGCUCUCUGGUGGCACAACCAUGUUCAAAAACUUCGACGCGCGGCUCUCCCGGGAACUGAUGCUGAUGUCCAGCAGCCAGCUGCCGACCCGGGUGGUGACCACCGCGACCGACCGGAAAAACUCCGUGUGGCAGGGGGCACAAGUGUUCGCAAAUCUCGGCAGUAUGCAGCGGGAUUUGUGGAUAACAGCGGGGGACUAUGACGAGUACGGAGCGGGGUACAUCCACGAAAAAGUGAUGAUGAAGUACAGCUAGCGAUAAAACUUGAAGAUGUGCUGCUGGUCGGGUGGAUUUAAAAAUAGCCACUCUUGUGAAGAUGCUGUGGUUGAUCCACACGACAUGACGUGACAGUGUUUUGCGCAGCAUUUAUUUCUGUGGUGGAUUCUGGAUGAUGAAGAAAUUGGGGUUGUUUUGCGGUGGCAUGCUGACCACAUGAAGCACAAACAUAUAAAGAUCAAGCUGGAGCAGCUUGGAGGAUGCAGAAGUGACGAGCAUGUUCUUCGACGUGGCGCGUCGUGCUGUGUUCUGCCUAAGUACUGUGCUUAGCACUGGGUGGUUUCUUUUUGAAGACAAGUUCCUCAGUUUG